AUGAUGUCUACGAUGUUCACGAGAGGCGUACUUCGAGCGGGCUCGCUGGAAAGGUACGCUUCGAGCGUCGUCGAGCUGCCUAAGUUCCAGGACUUUGGCGUCGCCAAUGAGCCCGUCCUGGGGUACCGAGCCGGAAGCCGCGAACGGAACGAGCUUACGAGUGAGCUUAAGCGCACGGCUGCCGUUACGGAAGAGGUGCCUAUUGUCAUCGGUGAUGAGUACAUUAAGGAAGGCGAGCCCCGCCUUCAGGUAAUGCCGCACGAUCAUUCCCGCGCCAUUGCCCGUUUCUACUACGCGAGCGAACGCACCAUCGAGAAGGCCAUUCGGGUUUCCGCCGAAGCGCAGCGUAAAUGGGACCGCACACCGCUAGACGAACGAGUGCGCAUCUGGCAAAAAGCAGCUGAUAUGAUGGCUGGAGAACACCGCCAACGCCUUAACGCCGCCACCGUGCUCGGCCAGUCCAAGUCCGCUGUGCAGGCGGAGAUUGAUUCCGCGGCUGAACUUAUCGACUUCUUCCGUUUCAACGUCUUCUUCCUGAAGGAGAACGCAAAGUACCAACCGAUCUCAGAGGACCCGUCAGUGACUCGCAACUCGCUCCGAUUUAGAGGAUUGGACGGCUUUAUCGCUGCCAUCAGUCCAUUCAACUUUACUGCUAUCGGAGGAAACUUGGCCUACACGCCAGCCUUAAUGGGCAAUGGAGUGUUGUGGAAGCCGUCGGACACAGCUCUUCUGUCGAACUGGCGCAUCUUCAAUAUAAUGAGGGAAGCUGGAUUACCCUCUGGUAUUGUUAACUUUGUUCCUGCAGAUGGUCCCACAUUUGGACGCACGAUCACAUCGUCUCCGCAGCUAGCUGGUAUUAACUUUACAGGGUCUGUGCCGACUUUUAACUGGCUGUGGAAUGAGGUAGGUAAGAACUUAGGGGUCUACAAAAACUAUCCUCGUCUGAUUGGUGAAUGCGGAGGCAAGAACUAUCACUUUAUUCAUCCAACUGCAGACAUACAAUCUGUUGUAAAUGGCACUAUUAGGUCAGCCUUUGAGUUCAAUGGACAGAAAUGUUCAGCUUGUUCUAGAAUGUAUGUUCCUAAAUCAUUAUAUGAGCCAAUCAAGGAAGGUCUGCUCCAAGAGAGAUCCAAACUCAAAAUUGGUGAUCCAACCGAUUUUUCUGUAUUCACUGGAGCUGUGAUAGAUGACAAAGCCUUUGCAAGGAUUACUGGCUACAUCAAAAAUGCUAAAAAUAACCCUAAGAACAAGAUUCUCGGUGGAGGAGAAUUCGAUGAUAGCAAAGGAUAUUUUGUGCAGCCAACCAUAAUAGAGACUAUUGACCCUCAUGACAAACUUAUGACUGAAGAAAUCUUUGGACCUGUUUUGACCAUGUAUGUGUAUGAUGACAAAGAUGUCAUGAAAACUUUGUCACUCGUAGGCUCAUCGACUAAGUUUGCUCUGACUGGUGCGGUGUUCGCUAAGGACCAAGGCUUCUUACAGACAGCAUUGGAAGAACUCAAAAUGACCGCAGGUAACUUCUACAUUAAUGAUAAAUCAACAGGCUCUGUGGUCGGACAACAACCCUUCGGUGGUGGUCGCAUGUCUGGAACUAAUGACAAGGCUGGUGGACCCAAUUAUGUCAUGAGGUGGACAACUCCACAGUCCAUUAAAGAAACAUUUGUACCCCUGCGAGAGAUUGACUAUCCAUACAUGAGGGACUAG